AUGGCUCGAGGACGCAAGAGCAAUAGCAUCAAACAGAGCGACUUCACUAACAGCACCAAUCCUCAGGAUUUAGAGAGAAGACUUUUUGUCGGCAAUUUGCCCACAGACCACAUGACUCGUGAAGAAAUGGAAGAGAUAUUUUCAAAAUAUGGCAAAAUCAGGGCCCUCAGCAUGUACCAUGGCUAUGGGUUCGUGCAGUAUGACCGUCUAGAAGAUGUCCAGGCCGCUCUGGACGGUGAGAAGGGUCGCCUUUAUAAAGGGUAUAGAUUAGAUAUUAAUAAAGCAGUGGAAAGAAGAAAUAUGAAUAAGGCUUCAUCAAGGUCCAGUCCGGCACGAAGAGAGCCAUAUGCCUACGGGGAUGGCCGAGAUGCCAGACGCGACCGCUCCCCUCUUCGGGGGAGCCCACGGAGAGACCCCAGAGAUAGCAGGGAUGGUAGAAAUGGGCGAGAUUCCAGAGACACUCGAGACAUUCGAGCUAGAGACAUGCGUGACGCCAGAGACCACAGGGACCCACGGGACCUGAGAGACCCACGGGAUAUCAGGGAUCCAAGAGACUUGCGGGACCCUCGUGAUGUUAGAGAUCUUCGUGACCCACGGGAGCCGCUGUAUGAUCGAUACAGGGAUCCACGGGAUAUGAGGAAUCCACGAGAUGCGAGGGAUCCACGGGAUAUGAGGGAUCCACGGGAUAUGAGAGACCCUCGGGACCCUUUGUACAGACGAGAUGAAGCUUAUGACCGUUACCUUCGCCUUGAAGACUACUAUCGGCGGAAGGAUGACUCUUACUACGACCGUUACAAAGAGCAUUUUGAUAGAGCACCAGUGAAUUCAGAAGACCGUUUGAAGCGUGAGGAGCGGCGCCGAGAGGAGCUGUACCGUCAGUACUACGAGGAGAUCAAGAGACGUUUUGAUGCAGAGAGACCUGUGGAUUGUUCUGUGAUAGUGGUGAAUAAACAGACGAAGGAGUACGCGGAGUCAGUGGGGCGGAAGGUGCGGGAUCUGGGCAUGGUAGUGGACCUGAUCUUCCUCAACACAGAGAUGUCACUGACGCAAGCCCUGGACGAUGUGAGCAGAGGAGGGUCUCCUUUUGCCAUUGUCAUCACCCAGCAGCAUCAAGUUCACCGCUCUUGCACUGUUAACAUCAUGUUUGGCACCCCACAAGAACACCGCAACAUGCCCCAGGCUGAUGCCAUGGUGCUGGUGGCAAGGAAUUACGAGCGCUACAAAACAGAGUCACGGGAGAAGGAGCGUGAGGAAAUUGCCCGGCAGGCUGCCAAGAUGGCAGAUGAAGCUGUUCUGCAGGAGCGGGAGCGCCCACCUCCCGUCGAGGAGGGUGUCAGAGGAGGUCACCCUCCAGGGAUUCAGACUCUCUUGAACCUGCUGGCAGACAAUCGCUAUCUAACUGCUGAGGAGACUGAUAAAGUAAUUAAUUACUUGAGAGACCGGAAGGAACGGUUACUGAGGGGAAGCUCUGAUUCUCUGCAGGCAUCCAUGUCAAGACAGUCUUUGGGGGCACCUUCAGGAUCAUCUCUGGGUAGUCAGUCCAGCCUUCCAAGCUCUCAGGCUCAUCAGGGUUCACAGCCUCUGGUCUCUGCUCCUUCUGUUCCAGUGUCCUCUUCUAAUCCUCAGCAGGAGCUUCAAGCAAAAAUCCUCAGUCUCUUCAACAGCGGGGCGGCAGCAGCAGCAGCUGCAGUAGCAAACAGCAGUUCUGCAGCCUCUGCGGGCACUUCGGGUGGCACUCCGAACCAGAACUUUGCUAACAUGGCCAGCGGUCAGGCCCGGUCAGCACAGAUGAGUGCUGGAAAUUUAAACCAGGCUCAGCAGAGAUUGCAGACUCCAAGCACGCAGCUUCCUGCUCUCCAAGGCCCUUCAAGAAAUGCAGGUCCAAGACCUGGAGCUCCUCCACAAGCUCAGUCACUCUAUGGUCAGCACCAAAAUCGCCUCCCUGCACCUGGCAAUGUACCUGCUCAAAGGCCAGUAUCUUCUGGUAUUAACUUUGACAACCCUAGUGUACAGAAAGCCUUGGACACCCUUAUCCAGAGUGGUCCUGCACUCUCCCACCUAGUGAGCCAAACUGUGGCCCAGGGGCGAGCAGGGUCCUCAGCCCAGCAACCUAUGGGUUCCUACCAGCGACACUAUUAAAGCUGAGCUGUCAGGCCCUUUCCCCUUCCCUUUGCCAUUCCAUACUUAACAGCUGUUUAAAGAGUCUCCUGUCCUUGACAUGGGACAAAUGCCCCUGGAUAUGCAUGUCCUCUCCACUUUGGUGAGAGUGUACCCCCAGUGGCAUUGUUGCUGACUGUUGCUAGCGCUGCCCUUCCUCACCUUGGUCUGGUUAGCAGUGUUUGGACAAGUAUGCUCUAUUUUCUCAGCGGCACGGUGUGCUAAGAGCCGCUUUGGAUAAUCGGUUGUUUUGUCCAGUCCCAGAAGCUGCUGCAAUGACAGUCCUUCUGCAUUUUCCUCUCUCCCAGUAGCUGGUGCAUCUUCACAUUGCGGUGCAGUCUGGUCUCACUGAAUGGUCUUAGUAUAGUUUUGGGUCAGUGGUUUUGAGGAAAUAGGGGACUGAACAGAGCGGUACACUGACUGGGCCUUCUUGGAGACCCACCUUUUUGGAAUGGGCACUAUUUUCCUUUGGAUUUCUUUUUUUAUUUCUUUUUUUAAUAGCAUAUAAGCCAGUUGGAAAGUACAGUGGUAGCGCUAGCAGCUGAACUCAUGAAGCACAUGCCUGACCACUACUCAGUAACCCAGGACCGUGCCGUUUGGUCCUUCCGUAGCUGGACUGUCAUGUCCUGGCAGAGUGAGGCAGAGAAACACUCCUCACCUUGCCCAGCUCACAGAAACUGGCAGCUUUGGUCUGAGUACUGUGGCAGAUCUGAAACACAAGAGCUUCCAGCCAAGGCAGAGAUUUCAAAUGGUCUGUCAAUUUUCCUACACCAAGUAGUCAGUGUUAAGAUCAAUCUGUUAAAUUUGGUGUAUAAAUUUCCUUUUCUUAUAAUCUUGCUUUGGGAUGGUUGGUUACUGUAGCCCAACAGCUCAGUCGCAGCCACGCUGAUGUGCUACUGGCCCUCCCUUGGGAAUACCUGCAACCAGUUACCAGGUGGUGAAUGUCUGCUCUCUGAAACUUCAUCUCGCUGUUGAUGGCUAUUUUGUCCAUCUAAGGUGCAGAGGCAGUGCCAAGAUGCAAUACCAUAAUUUUAUACAUUUUUUUUCAACACUUUGGUAGCUGUAGCGGACAGUUGAGUGGAAAAUCAGACAGUGAUUCUUCACCGUGUUUUUAACCAGUAACAUACUUUGAUACCAGAAUACAAAACAUCUCUUAACUAUGUGGUCCUCCCCAUCACGGCCUUCUUAGAGUCUGUAGGCUUCCUGCAGAGAACCAAAAGAAACUAAGAAAGCAGUGUUCUUGGAGCAGAGGAUUUUCUUUGUCCCAGGUGGUUUGUGUUGUAGCAUUCUCUCUGUGCUGUUAACAAGAGGACAUUACUUUUUAAUAAA